AAUGGAUGUUAAUGGCUACAAGUUUGGAAUUGACACUGGAGGCCCUGCUCCUUUGCAAAGAAAUGAAGAUACUCCCCACUCUCUUGGUGUUGGCACUACUCAGUUCCCAAGCAAAGCAAAGAAAGAUGCUCUAGGUGCAUCAGAUGGGGGAAGAUUGGUAUCAGAGAAUGUUAUUGAGUUGAUAGACCUUGAUGAUGAUGAUGAUGACAAUAGGUAUAUGUCGCCGGGAUUGCUUGGAAAGAAGGCUAUUUCUCAAAUUAAUGUGAAGGAUGAGCAUCCAAGUUCAUCAGAUCCAGCCCAACAGAAAAGCAUUUUUACGAAAGCACAGAGGAUUGAAAUGGUCAAGAGAAAAUUUCCUUUUUCUGAUAGUGACACUUCCAGCUCGAGUUCCAGUUCUAGUUCCUCUAUUGACUUAUUAAACAUCGAUAAUCUUCCAUUAGGCUCCCGUGGUAUUACAUGUAAAAAGAAAAGUUAAACUUAGGCAGAUAGUCAAAACUCUCUUUUUUGGGAAAGAUCCUGGAUUACCCUCU